AUGAAAGCUGAAAUUGUUCACAAAGAUACAAUCAAACCAUGCUCUCCAACACCUCUAAGCAAAAGAGAUUACAAACUUUCCCUUAUAGAUCAAUUAACCCCUGGCCCUUAUGUUCCUAUUAUUCUUUUCUAUGAUUCAAACACCAAAUUCUCACUUGAGCAUCUCAAAAAAUCCCUCUCGAAAACCUUGACUUAUAUGUACCCUCUAGCUGGUAGAAUAAAAGAUGAGUUCACAAUCAAAUGCAACGAUGAAGGGGUCGAUUUUCUUGAAGCAAAUGUUAGUAACUUCACCUUGUCCAACAUUGUCAAUGACCCAAAAAUUGAAAAUCUUUGCCAAUUACUUCCAUGCCAACCUCAUGAUAGAUGUAAAAGCCCAAGUGAACAAGUUUUGCUAGCUGUUCAAAUAACUAAGUUCCCUUGUGGAGGAAUUUCCAUCUUGAAUCAAGAAAGUGAUCAAGAAAUGAUCAAUGGCGGCAUUGACAAUGGAUUCAUCGUUGACGUUACUGGGAUUUUUCCUCCAAGAGAUGUUGCAAAUGAUCCUUUGUUAACCAUGAUUCCAACUCAAGAAGAACUUCCAUUCAAAAUCUCAAUGAAAAGAUUCAUAUUUGAUAACUCAAAGAUAACUAUAUUAAUACAGAGUUGCCCUAUUGAUGAACGUUGUGACAUAAAAAGUGAAAUCAAAGUUUACCUACUAAUGGCAUCAUUCAACCUAAUGAAAAGAAUGAUUCCCAAUUUUCCCACAAAUUGCAUUGGCAAUCUAAUUUUUCCAACAAUGGCCAAAUGGGAAGUUGAAGAAGGGGAAAUGGAUUACAAAAAAAUCGUGGAAAAAGUUCAAGAAUCAAUAAGGAAGGUGGAUGAUAGUUAUAUAAGAAGGAUUCAUGAGAAAAAUGAGUACAUAGAUUACUUAAUGUCAAUUCUUGAACUGUGUACAAGUAGAGGAAAUGAAGUGGGAAUUGUUGGUUUUGUUAGUUGGUGUAAACUUGGUUUAUAUGAAGGUGAUUUUGGAUGGGGUAAGCCUAUUUGGAUAGCUAAACCUGAAAAUCGUGUCUGUGGAUUUCAUCUUGUGGAUAGUGCUGAUGGCAAUGGAAUUGAAGUAUGGAUCGGAUUGAAAGAAGAAAUCAUGAAGUUGCUAGAGAAGAAUGAACAUUUCUUAUCAUAUGUUUCUUUAAGUCAAGAUGUUUGAAACUCAUAGAAAUACGGUUAAGGUUUGAAUCGUCUCUUAAGAUUUAAAAUUGUUGUCCAAAACAAAACAAAAAAAAAAAUAGUAAUAUGUUGCUUGUUUUGGUUAUUCUGAAAUCUUUUUAUUUGCUCUAGCUUCUCUUAUCUUUGUAUUUUCUUUCUCAAACUGCCUUUAUGUGUGUUACUUGAGUUGAGGAUCUUUUGAAAAAACCUUUGUACCUUGGUAAGGACAUUAGUACACUUUGUCCUCCCAAACAUCACAUGUGAAAUUUCCUGAAAAAUUGUUCAGCCUCGUCAAUCUU